ACAGAACGAGGGAGGUGGGGGAAGAAAGCGACGACAACGACGAGACCUCGGACAUGGCAGUAGCAUGACGGGCCUCAACCCAUCACUGCCUAGCAAUGUGCCAUUGAUCCUCAAGGCAUCUUGCGAUGAGCGACUGAAGCGCAUCAGAUUCCCGCCGGACCUUUCGUCGCUGCAAUACCCCGACUUUCGCACGAAGGUUGCUGGUGCGCUGCAAUUUGAAGAUGUCGACUUUACCAUCACCUGGGAAGACGACGAUGGAGAACAUUGCGAGAUUGCAAGCACAGAGGACCUUCAGGAGGCCUUGCUGUAUUACCUCCCCUCUGAUCCAGAAGCAGCUCCAGGCUCCAUUUCGAUGCGGGUCACCGUCCGCGUCGACACAGGUGUGAGCUUGAGCGACUUUGGCGGGAGCUCAGUCUAUGGUGAUGGAAGCGACGACGAAGAUGCGAGCGAGCAAAGCUACCCGGUGCCAAGCUGGAGCGGCUCGGCACCUCACGGUAGAGUGCUCAGUCGUCAGGAAAGCCAAGGCAGCUACUCUGGAGCCUCAUCCAUGUCCUCGUCCUCCUCCAGAAGGAGCGACGGCCGCUUGGCCUUUCGGAAGGGUGAGGGCCAGCUCUACAACGAUGGGCACCGCCAGAGCGGAAGCUCUAGCCAAUCUUAUUCGAUACAAGGAUCGUCAAGGGGCUCCCUUUCCUCUCUCGACUCAAAUGCGGGCGGCCGAUCACGCUCGCUCGAGGCCGCUUGGAUCCGUGCACGCAGUGGGCCACACGUCAGCAGCCUGACCGGCUCUUCCUUACGCAACUCUCUGGACGUGCUGGAUCUCAACCACACUUCCAUGGACGGUGACUCAGGCAGCGACGCCGAAAGUGAGGCCAGCAAUGUUACGCGGGGUCCCACCAAAACGUCACGGAAGAGGAGAGCAGAGCAGGUUUUGAGUGCCAUCCACGAAGGCGUUGAAUGUCGUGCCUGUCGAGUGCGGCCCAUCACGGGCCCCAGAUACCACUGCGCUUCCUGCGAUGACGGUGCCGACUUUUGCACCCUCUGCGAGAGGAGUGGCAAGGCCACAAGCGUGCCGUCUCACGAUGCGACACACCUCGUAAUUAAGAUCUCGGUUCCUCUGGAAACGGAGCAGUCAGCAGCCAUCUUCGGACAGUUGCUCAACGAUGCCCAACGAAGGCUCGCCCGCGAGGCAUCGAGCACCGAGAGCAGCAGCAGAAGCUUUGGAAGUAGCAGCAACUCGAGGUCAAGCUCGGCAACUUCGCUUCAUCAAGAAGAUGACGUCAUGACGUCGGAGCCCAUCCAGUGCUCCUUUUGCUCGGCAAUCAUUCAGUCGCACGAGUCUCGGUAUCUCUGUGCAAAUUGCCCCGUCGUCAACAUUGACGCGGCGACGGGAAAGACAAACAAGGAAGGUUACAACCUCUGUGCAAAUUGCGAGACGCACUCGCUCCAGUGCCACGAUCCUUCGCAUUUCUUCUUCAAAAUUCAAGGACUGCCUCGCGGAAGGGGCAAUCCGUCAAGCCAAAGGGUCCGCUUGGGAGACCGGUGGGAGAUUAAGGAGCUCGGCGGAGGUCCUCUGGCACCGACUCUCUAUGCCGAUCUCAGCGAGCUGGCGGCGGCCCAGCAGCAGAAUGGCUCCCACCAGAACAAUGGCAACCAACAUGUCCCAGGGAGCUAUCGUUUCCCUCCUUUGCCAUCAUCCACUCAGGCUCCCAGCGAGUCGCACUGCCCUGGCUCGCACUUUCGACGCUGGACGAGCAAAGCAUGCGCGCCUUCUUCCUCAUCAUCUUCGUCGUCCUCAUCGAGCAAUUCGAGCACAGCAAACACAAUGAUCCGCGGCGAGGAACUUCCUUUGUCGUCAUGCCGCUCGACAGAGGGAGGCGUCAAAGAGGAGAACUCAUACGAGCUCGAGAUGCUGGGUAAGCGCAAGCUCCUCGUACCUCUGCAGCAGCUCGUCCACCCUUCCAUUUUGUGUGACAACUGCUAUGUUGUUGUCGAAGGGAAAUGGUUUCGAUGCAGCCAGUGCACCUCUUCGUACGACUUGUGUGCACGCUGCGAGUCGAGAAUCGCCCACGACCCUUCCCACAGCUUUGCCGUUUUCAAACAACCCGUCGAUCUGGACCUUUUUAAAUCUUGCGUCGAUCAUCAGGAUGGUGACGCGGCAGUCGUUCGUGGUGCGACGAGGCCGCUACUCUCCUUUUCUCUCUCUUGAAGUGCGUGUCUACCUUGCCCCGAGCUGCCAAGUGACCACAAAAAAAUGGGACUUUUUGUAUAAUAGGAUAAAAUGCCAAUAAGAUUGCUUGUGUACAG